AUGUCCGUACCUCCGGAAGCAGCUGACGACACAUUGAAAGUCACACUGGUCGUUGUGCAAUCGCUCAUGAAGCGAUGCAUCAAGGUGAAGGAGGGUGAUCCUGAGGCCUUGAAGCUAUCGGAUGAGAUAGCCAGGCGUGUGGCAAGAGACUUGAAACUUUACACGGGAACAGCAACAUCAUUCUCUCCUCUGCUACUCUCCUGUGCCGCCAUUAUCCGGCAGUACUCAAGGGGCGGCGCCUUUCAGAGUGUCCCUGACUGGACCUCUAAGACCGUCCACUAUCACCCACCCUCUGCGCUUGAUGUCCCCAUCAUUGCAACAUUGAGCAUUCCCACAACCAUUCCCGCAACCACUUCAGCUCUCAUUGUCCCGCCAUUCCCACCCUCAGCUCUCCCUUCCCUGCCAUCCUGCACAGACCUGGAUCUCGUCACCAAGCCGGUGGCGGAACCGAGACGAUCAUCACGCAUACGAGCACGCAAGAAUCCAUCCCGUACGGACCUGGAUAUCGUCGCCAAGCCGGUAGCGGAACGAAAACGAUCUUCCCGCCCACGAGUGCUCAAGAACCUGCCACCUCUCAGUCGUCCGGCACAUCCACCCUUGAGAUACCCGCACCUGUAUGUGGCCGAAGCUGAGAGGGAACAAUGGAAGGCACUUUUCGAGGCCGGCGAUAGCAAGAAGAGAAAGGCGGAUGAUGAAGAUACCGAUGGGGCCGAUGUAAUUGAAGCCUCCAAGUUGGCUUCCGCGUCCCAAGAGCCGAUGAAGAAGAAGAGGAAGUUGAACCAGAAUGUCGACAAUAGGCCAACAGGAAUCAUCGAUGUGAAGCCAAAGACAUUACUGACUGUCACCACUGACAAGGUUGUUCCACCAGGCGAUGAAAAGGCUUUCUGGGACGCAGACACUCGGCCUGCAGAAUGGGGCUCAGAUGCUCACAUCGCCACUCCGUGCCAGCAGUGCGACAAGUGCACAAAAUUGGACAUACCCUGCGUUGUCCUUCCGGACAAAAAGUUCGGCUACAUUCGACUCGCAUGCGCAAAUUGCGACCAGAUGAAGAUUACGUGUGCGAUCGACGGCGUCGGUGUCAGGCAGAGAAUGCAAGCGAAGGCCGUUAUGGCUAUAGUUGAAGAGGAGAAGCAACAGCCUGGUCCGCCGGCUGGUGUGCCCAUGUGCACACUCCCAACCGUUGGCACAAGCCCUCGGCCGGAACAGGAUGAUCAGCCUGCGCCAGCCAACAUCGCCGAUCCCGAGCCAACUGCAAGGGACAUCCUGCAGGGCAUCCGUGACCUCAGCAAGAGACUGGAUCUCUUUGCCACCAAUGACCGUGUGGAUGCCUUGGAGAUAAGAGUGCGUUCGGUGGAGAAUAUCCUCCACCAGUGGUUAGACGCACUGGAGGAAAGGCUCAAUGCCUCAGAUGCCCGGUAG